AUGUCCGGAAUUUUUCGUUUUUGGACUUGUUGUAUCUCCGAAUGUUCGGCUCCUGCCGCGAUCGAUAUUGGUCUCUGCGAACGCUGCAAGCAGCGAUUUUGCGCUGUUCAUGCCAUGUCCCCAACUCAUUGCUGCAAGAAUGACCCUCUUGAUGACGAUGCAUGGAGGGCAGCACAAACAGAAGAAGUAACGGCACUUCGACGCAUGAUCAAUGACAAAAAUCUUCUACGUCGAGCUUCAGAGCGGAACAGGAGCCUGAAUUGUAGAUUAGACCCUGCGGACCCUCUAGGAGAGAAGCGGAUGGGGGGCAUGCACAUCCAUCUUCGAAUCAUUUUCAGCGAUGGAACGGCCUGGCUUGCUCGGAUACUCCGACAAAACUACACUUCAUUCUCAGACAACUUCAGCAAUCUCUGCUUAAAGAGCGAAUGUGCCACUUUAGAAUGGCUCAAGGAUAUGAACGUGCCGUCGCCUAAACUCUACGACUUCGGUCUACUCAAUGACCCUGAGAAUGAUGUUGGCGUUGCGUACAUGCUGAUAGAGGAACUCCCUGGGACACCGGUGCUUUUUCUUAGCCCGUCAGAAGAGCAAUUCCGCAAACUGUACAAUAACUACGCCGACAUCUUGUGUACUAUCAAUAAGUACCCCCUUGAGCAAAUCGGCUGUCUCUCUUUACAGCCCAAUGGUACUAUCUGUAUGGGCCCCGUCGUGAGCGACCGGACUGGUACAUUUUCACAGAUGGGACCUUUUCAAAAUGCACGAGAGUACUACGCGACUUGGGCGGAGAGAUAUCUCGAAUUAAUCUGCGACCGCCAGCUCUUCACUCGGUACUCCGUCAAUGCCUACCUGAUCUUCAGAUACCUCAAAGAACUGGCGGAACAAGGCCAGUGGAAUGCAUUUGAACCGGGCAUUGACAACGGUCCCUUCUUUUUGAAACAUAUGGAUGACAAAGGUGACCAUAUACUUGUGGAUGAGGAUUUUAAUGUCACUGGUCUUAUCGACUGGACGUUUGCUAGGGCGGUGCCAAUGUAUGAGGCAUUUGGUCCCUCACUGUUGACAGCAGAAAUGAAUGACAUAUACGAGGGCAAGCCUGGCCGAUCCCGGGGCGACACGAUCCUAGCUGAGGCCAUACAGACCAAGAACAAGGAUCUAGUUCGCUUUUUCGGCGGCCCUGAUCUAGUUCGUCGCUUCUCCUUUGGCCUCGGCAUGGGUAUGGACAUGUCUUGGGGCGAAGCAGUUGCUUUAUUCAGAGGUAUCAUGUCUACAGCUGAAAGGAGCAGUUUGAAAUUUGACUGGGAUGUCUGGCGUCAAAAUCGUCUAUGUCAAUGGGCUGGUGAUGCUAGGUUGCAAGAACUUCUUCUCAAAUUGG